UCUGAGGGGAUGCCUCCAAGGCUCAUGUACAGGGCUGUACAGCAAAGGACUGUGCUGCUGACAUUUGAAAACUGGACCUUCCCCAAGACCUGCGAUACCGUCAACUUGAAACUCAAUGUGUCUGAACACUGCAUCUGCUGUAGUGACAGGCGACACCCACGCUUAGUGCUGGGCCUUGGACCACCCCAUCUCCCGCUGUUGCUAAGGGUCCCGUCCUAGCAACCAGCAGCGUCAGGUGACUGACUACCUCUCUGGGAGCGGGGUCACUUCCGGGCUCGGCUCGCAUCUACAUCCGGGGUAGUGGACGGUUCCCCUCUCCGAGCUCAACCGCUGUGUCGGGUUCUGUGGUCAGGAGGGGCCGAGGCGCGGUUGCCUCAGCGGGUCGGAGCGCCGCGGUGCCGGACUGCCCCCACCCCACAAUACGCGAAGGCGCGUUAGGUGGGCCCAGCCCCCGCUGCGCUCCCGGGUCUGCUGAGAGCCUCCCCCGUCCGCUUCGCCCUCCCCGCGCCAGGCCCUCCAGGGUCUAGCCGAGGAGCCGCUUCCCACCAGACACCGGGGCCUGCCCCCCGCCGCACGCGACUCCUAGGGGCGGGCCGAGCCCCGUGGAGCCCCGCCCCUCAGCCAAAUUCCGGCCGGACCAACCUCUCUCCGCGGGGCGCGAGCGAUGGGCUCUGCCCCGGGGUAGGGGCCGCGCGCAGCCGGGAGGGGAGCCUCGGUGCCCCCCCUCGGGAGGAGGCAGCGGCUGCCGGGGAUCGCGCUCAUGCUGCUGUCGCUCUGUGCCCUCAGCUGGCAGCGGCGAGGAGCGCCAUGGAGCAGCCCGAGGGGAAGGAGGGGUUCCUGCUGGAGGCCGCCGCCCCGGGGCAGACGGGACCCGCGCUGGAUUCCUGUGAGGCAUCUCCAGAUGAGGGACUAAUAGAAGAUUUGGCUAUUAUAGAUAAGAAAGCUGUGGAGCAACUAACUGAAGGAUUGAUUUCUCAUUAUUUACCUGAUCUUCAGCGAUCAAAACUAGCCCUCCAAGAGCUCACACAGAAUCAAGUAGUGUUACUAGACACAUUAGAGCAAGAAAUUUCAAAAUUCAGAGAAUGCAAUUCCAUUCUUGAUAUCAAUGCUUUGAAAAGAGCACUCAAACUGCAGCAAAAGAAACAGAAAGAAGAACUUGAACGAGAACAGCAACGUGAGAAGGAACUUGAAAGAGAGAAACAGUUAACAGCAAAACCAGCUAGAAGGACAUGAAAGCUGAGCAUACAUCAACUUGUCCAAAUUAAUUAUUUUUAAAUUCUAUGGACUUGUUAAGGCAGACUCUGUUAUACUGGUGAGCUAAAGUUGUUACUGGGGAAAGAGUCUCUUGUACAGUAUUAUAAACUCCAGAAUGCUAAGAACCAGUUGGUAAAUUGCCGCUUUUCCAUUUCAGCCAUUCAGGAUGCCUUCUUUUCUAAUGCUAUGCUGUUUGAUAUUAAUCAUAAUGUAAAUUUAGUUUUGAUAUAUGCAGAGGAAUUUAAAUGUCAUAAUUUUAAUUACAUAUCUGUUAAUUUUCCAUUUGUUUUUUCUGAUGUUUGAAAUAUUGGAUAAGAAAUAGUAGGCUGUGUAUUCUUUCAGACAAAAUGUUGAAUGUGGUUGGUGCAGUUUGGGAGUUCAGUUAUGAUCCAGGGACAUCCGCAGCUCUGUACCCUUCUGAGGUUGCUUCAAUUCAGAUGUCUUUGUCUUCUUGUUGAGUCCACAGGUCACAAAUAUCUGUGCCAGUUAGGUAUAGUGGAUCUCCCUCCCCCAAUUGCUAUAUAACUGAGUGUUAAAGCCAUAUGAUAUUACUGAUCAUGCGUGAGAAGUACAAAUGACCUCCUUAUGUUGGGACUCUUUCCUCCGUUCUUCCCUCCUCCCCCCCACUCCCUCCACACACUUAGGCUGAUGGCCCCAGUUUAUUUGGGUGAAGCUCCCUUUAUUUCAGCAAUCUUCCUUGGAUCUUAUAACUACAUGGUUUGAGAUGAUCACCUCUGACUAUUCCCCAAGCCCGACAGGAUGAAUGUGAAAAACAUGUUAAAUUAAGAUUGGCAUAACAAUGCAUGCAUGGUACAAGAGUGAUCCUAUAAUGGAAUUGCCAGCCCUUGUGCUUGGAUAAAUGCUUUCUUGGAUGGCCGUGAUUCAGACCAAAGUAAUUGAAACUAAGGUACGGGUUAGAGAGGGAGAUUAUGAAGCCAAGUCAGUUGUAUUGUUAAACAGAUCUCAAAGGAUUCAAAAGCUGUAGAUUUCAUUGCUUUCUAUGUAAUAGACACUAUUUUAAAUUCAUUUACAUCUUUAGGAAAAAUUCUUGCAGUGUAAUAUUAUUUCAUGCAUUUGACCCAGUUUUAACUCUUAGACUUAAAUGAGAGAAACUGCUUCACAUGGUUAAAUUUUUUUACCAGUGCUGAUGACAACUAGUACUGAAAAAUUGUAUCGGGGAUGCUCUUAAGUGAAUGUGGGGUGGGGAUUAACUACAACUUCUCUGAAUGUGUAACUGUUUUCUUAUAGAAUUUGGUACAGCCUCCUGUUCAAAUGAAUAUAUACACUGUUUAACAGUCUAGAUAAACAAAGUAGUUAUUUUACAUCUGUACCUUUUGAAUCAAUAUUAGUAAAAUAUAUGUUGUCAUCUGAGCUGACUUGCUUAUCAGGAAGUAAGUAAGAUUAAGUGUAAACUUUGUGUAAGCUAUUUAUAAAAAUGGAUGGCAAGACAUUUAAAGGGAUGCCAGCUUGAAAUCAAAUUGGUUUUUAAAAAAUAAUUAAAAGUAGUUUCAAAUGCUACAUACGCCUGCCCUGAUUCCUCAAUAUUUAUGAUGUUACAACUAAAUGUUUCUAUUUUUUAAAUGGUUUUCCUUUUUCUUAUGUGAAUGACCUUCUCAAACAGGGAAAUAGCAAAACUAACUAUAUGUAAAGUGCCAUCCAAUUCAUAGUGUAAACAAGGAGGUGAGGGGACAAAACUCUCUUAAUUUUUCAGUUGCAGUAAUUAAGUAGAUACUUGUAGCAAUAAUAGAUUAAAAAAAUUCAGGCAGGUGUUUUUGUUUGUCUUUUUUUAAUUGACUUUGCAGGAGAAUUGUUGACCUAUAUUGUGUGGGGUUUUUUUAAUGCAUUUCUAAAACAAUAUGUACAAAAAUGCUAAAAUCCGUUUUUGAAACAGUGUAAAUAAAUUAAAUAAUUUUAAAUAUUAA